AUGUCCAGACCUUCGACCACCUCUUCGGGCAGCAGGCCUCGACAUGUGGAUCGUGCCGUUGGCUUUGUUCUACCACCAGAGCUCAGCUUCGCACAAAGGCCGAGCACGACACCUGGCCGUACGACUCACAGCCUUUGUCCACCCAGUCCCUGGCGGCAGAACUGCACCGCACGGAAACUCGAAGACCGACCGAAGCCUCCCAGGUUUGGCCUGGAACCAACCUGGACCUCUCAAGCAGCUGGGGAGGUCUACCCCUCCCGCUCCUCCGUCCGAACGUACAAGGGAGUCGCUGAGAGCAGCGUGAACCGGGCGCCCUCCAAGCCCCACGACGAGCAUGUCCAAACCGUGGAGCCCUGGUCCGCCAUUUGCCGCGCGCCGGUCUCCUGGAAGCACCUCACCUGUAGCCACAGCUCAUCCGCAGCCAUGGGGCGACGACCAGCCAAGUGCUACCGCUACAACAAGAACAAGCCUUACCCAAAGACCCGCUACUGCCGCGGCGUGCCUGACCCCAAGAUCCGUAUUUUCGAUGUCGGAAAGAAGAAGAUGCCUUGCGAUGAGUUCCCUGCGGCGGCGCACUUGGUCUGCGACGAGGACCAGCAGUUGACCUCCGAGGCGCUCGAGGCGGCGCGCAUCGCCGUGAACAAGUACAUGGUGACCAAUGCUGGGAAGGAUUUCUUCCACAUUCGCAUCCGGCCUCACCCGUUCAACGUGCUACGCAUCAACAAGACCUUGUCCUGCGCCGGGGCGGAUCGCCUCUCGAGCGGCAUGCGCGGCGCCUUCGGCAAGCCCUACGGCACCGCCGCGCGCGUGGACAUCGGCCAGGUCUUGAUCUCCUUGCGCACCAAGGAGGAGAAGAUCCAAUUCGCUGUGGAAGCCUUGAGGCGGGCAUCGGCCAAGUUUGCGGGACGUCAGAAGGUGCACGUCUCCAACAAGUUUGGCUUCACGAAGUACACGAAGAAGGAGUAUCAUGACUACAAGGCACAAGGACGCCUCGUCCCGGAUGGCACCAACGUGAGGUGGCUCAGCAGCCGUGGCCCCCUGUGGCGCCUCAUUGGACGUGAGAACGCCUGAGACGCCCCGAGUCUGAGGACAAGGAAAGGCGAAGCGAACAGGUGUGGCGCCAUGUGAGAA